AUGGAGUUCGUGGCGGCGUCCCGCAACGGCACGCACGUCUACCACGUCGCAUCCCUGAAGGAGGAGCCAUCCUUGGUUCAGUCGCUUCCACCCGCACUUCCAGGCAAUGCAAGCUGCCUAGCAAGCAGUGCGGCUGGCUACCUUGGGGUUCUCGUACACCAGACCGGGUCCGUGGGAAUCUGGGAUGUUCCCUGGCUCCUGGCGGAGGGCAAGGAGAAGGGUCCGUCUCCAGCCACCAUCAGCCACUGCGACAUCCCAUCGCAAUCGGGGCCGCCAGGGCCAAUCGUCAGGUGCUACUUCUCACCGCACAGCUCCUUCGCAGUGACCUGGGAGCACAUGGGCGGCCUUAAGCUGGAGCCUGCCAAAGAGGGCAAGGGCGGUGGUAAGGCGGCGUUUGCACGAGCUGAGAACCUGCGCGUGUGGUCGCUCCGGCGGCGGCCGAGUACGUCCCGCGAGUUCGAGUUCACGAUCACGAAGGACGGCAGCCAACGCUUGGGCAUCAAUGUCGACCACUUGGAUGGGCGAAACGGUCUCCUCGUCCGCCGCGUUGACCCUGGCCUAGUGGACGCGUACAACAAGACUGCAGCGCCUGAGCACGUGCUGGUGCCGGGCGACCAACUCAUCCGUGUCAACAAGGUGAAGGCCAUGGCGGGCGCAGCCGCACUCAGCGAACGUUGGAAAGACCACUGGCUGACUGGUCCAGCGCUCCAAGUAAGCAAGAUAGCUGCGGUAGAGAUGUCCACCCCCGAAGAGAUGUCCACCCCCGAGAAGGCCGCCGACGGCGUACUCCCGACGACGAACAAGCACGAGAGCUCGUGGAAGAAGUACGAGACUUACUACUGCGAGGUGGACCCGAAGCAGGGCGACCGCGCAACCGAGAUCAAGCUGCUCUCCUUCAAGCGGCCGCACAUGCGCGGCUUCCACUUCGCGUGGUUCGGCUUCUUCAUGGCCUUCUCGUCGUGGUUCGCGUUCGCGCCGCUGAUGCCGCAGAUCAAGAAGGACCUGGGCCUGACCAAGGACGAGGUGUACAACGCGAACAUCGCAUCUGUGGCGUCGACCGUGCUCAUGCGCUUCGCUGUGGGCCCUCUGUGCGACAGGUUCGGCACGCGCACCAUGUUCUCCAUGCUGCUGACGUUCGGAGCUAUCCCGGUCUUCUUCGGUGGUCUCGUGAACAACGGUACUGGCCUGGUCAUCAUCCGCUUUGUCAUCGGUGUCCUGGGCGCGACCUUUGUGCCAUGCCAAGCGUGGUGCUCGCAGCUGUUCGCGAAGGAGAUUGUGGGCACGGCCAACGCCAUGGCUGGUGGCUGGGGCAACCUUGGAGGCGGUGCUGUUCAGCUGCUCAUGGUCGGCGUGUGGAACAUGUUCCGCACUGGCUUUGACGACGAGGAGGCCUGGCGCCUUUCUUUCAUCGUCCCCGGAGUUUUGACAUGCGGUACCGGCAUUAGCAUGUACUUCUUUUCGGACGACUCGCCGAAGGGCAACUUCAAGGAACUGGAGCAGAGGGGCACAAUGGAGCGCCGGUCGUCCAAGAAGUCGUUCCAGGAGGGUUUCUUCCAGUACAACGCCUGGAUUCUGUUCAUCCAGUACGCGGCCUGCUUCGGCGUUGAGGUCACCAUGAACAACAUCCUCGCUGGGUACCUGGAGACCAAGUACGAGCUGUCGGUCUCCCUUGCGGGUCUCAUCGCCUCCCUGUUCGGCCUCAUGAACCUCUUCGCUCGCGCUAUGGGCGGCGCUCUAUCCGACAAGCUGUUCCAGUUGUUCGGCGCGGGCACCACCGGCAUGCGCGGGCGCAUCUAUGCGCAGUCUAUCUCUCUGGUCUGGGAGGGCAUCAUGCUCCUGAUCUUCACCCAGAUGGACUCUCUGGGCGCGACUAUCGGCGUCCUGCUGCUCUUCUCGCUCGGUGUUCAGAUGGCGGAGGGCUGCACUUUCGGAAUCGUACCCUACGUGAAGCCCACCGCAACUGGCGCCGUGUCCGGAGUGGUGGGCGCUGGGGGCAACGUCGGCGCUGUGUGCUGGGGCCUCAUUUUCCGUUUUGGCCCAUCGGAGGCCGACGAUGUCCUGUUCAUCCUUGGGUUUAUCGUGAUCGCAUCGGCCGUCAUGGGUCUCUUCGUGCUCAUCCAGGGCCACGACGGGUGCAUCACCAAAGCCAAGGGCGAGCCGGAGCUCCAAGUAAGCAAGAUAGCUGCGGUAGAGAUGUCCACCCCCGAAGAGAUGUCCACCCCCGAGAAGGCCGCCGACGGCGUACUCCCGACGACGAACAAGCACGAGAGCUCGUGGAAGAAGUACGAGACUUACUACUGCGAGGUGGACCCGAAGCAGGGCGACCGCGCAACCGAGAUCAAGCUGCUCUCCUUCAAGCGGCCGCACAUGCGCGGCUUCCACUUCGCGUGGUUCGGCUUCUUCAUGGCCUUCUCGUCGUGGUUCGCGUUCGCGCCGCUGAUGCCGCAGAUCAAGAAGGACCUGGGCCUGACCAAGGACGAGGUGUACAACGCGAACAUCGCAUCUGUGGCGUCGACCGUGCUCAUGCGCUUCGCUGUGGGCCCUCUGUGCGACAGGUUCGGCACGCGCACCAUGUUCUCCAUGCUGCUGACGUUCGGAGCUAUCCCGGUCUUCUUCGGUGGUCUCGUGAACAACGGUACUGGCCUGGUCAUCAUCCGCUUUGUCAUCGGUGUCCUGGGCGCGACCUUUGUGCCAUGCCAGGCGUGGUGCUCGCAGCUGUUCGCGAAGGAGAUUGUGGGCACGGCCAACGCCAUGGCUGGUGGCUGGGGCAACCUUGGAGGCGGUGCUGUUCAGCUGCUCAUGGUCGGCGUGUGGAACAUGUUCCGCACUGGCUUUGACGACGAGGAGGCCUGGCGCCUUUCUUUCAUCGUCCCCGGAGUUUUGACAUGCGGUACCGGCAUUAGCAUGUACUUCUUUUCGGACGACUCGCCGAAGGGCAACUUCAAGGAACUGGAGCAGAGGGGCACAAUGGAGCGCCGGUCGUCCAAGAAGUCGUUCCAGGAGGGUUUCUUCCAGUACAACGCCUGGAUUCUGUUCAUCCAGUACGCGGCCUGCUUCGGCGUUGAGGUCACCAUGAACAACAUCCUCGCUGUGUACCUGGAGACCAAGUACGAGCUGUCGGUCUCCCUUGCGGGUCUCAUCGCCUCCCUGUUCGGCCUCAUGAACCUCUUCGCUCGCGCUAUGGGCGGCGCUCUAUCUGACAAGCUGUUCCAGUUGUUCGGCGCGGGCACCACCGGCAUGCGCGGGCGCAUCUAUGCGCAGUCUAUCUCUCUGGUCUGGGAGGGCAUCAUGCUCCUGAUCUUCACCAAGAUGGACUCUCUGGGUGCGACUAUCGGCGUCCUGCUGCUCUUCUCGCUCGGUGUUCAGAUGGCGGAGGGCUGCACUUUCGGAAUCGUACCCUACGUGAAGCCCACCGCAACUGGCGCCGUGUCCGGAGUGGUGGGCGCUGGGGGCAACGUCGGCGCUGUGUGCUGGGGCCUCAUUUUCCGUUUUGGCCCAUCGGAGGCCGACGAUGUCCUGUUCAUCCUUGGGUUUAUCGUGAUCGCAUCGGCCGUCAUGGGUCUCUUCGUGCUCAUCCAGGGCCACGACGGGUGCAUCACCAAAGCCAAGGGCGAGCCGGAGUCCCUUGACGUGAUCUGA